CUUUCCGAUUCCAGUGACCAGCUCCUGCGACCAGAAUCGCUGCCUGUUAGAUUCUUUUGUACCCCCGGUCCCGUCGGAGGACAUAAUCGAAAAUUCAGCGACCUCAAAUGGCGACGCCGCCUCCCGAGGCUCCCUCUGCGAUCAAAGAGGAGAAGCCUCAAUUGCCGCCGUCGCCCAAUGGAGUUUCGCCUGCUGAUACUGGUCGCACAGGGUAUGCUCCGUUACUUUUCGCGUUUUGUGUCUACGAUGUCUGUUUACUAAUGUCCUCGCAGAGUCCAAGAUGCUGUAGCCAACGCCAAAUCAGACGCGCCUGUCAACGGUGCAGAGAAGCCGACAGAGGAGAACAAGCCUGCCAAGGCAAACGGAUCGACUGCCGAGUCUACCUCCAACACAAACGGCGUAGCCGCGACCGCCUCUCCGCCCAAGAGUCCAUCCUUACCGACCGCAGAAACUUCCGCACAACCAGCCGUCGCGUCCGAAGAAGCCAAACCUUCAAAUGUGGAUUCCGCUGCGACUGGGGAGAAGAAGGAAACCGCUAGUGAAAAGACGUCUGCGGCUGCACAGGCUAGUGGCGACGGUGCGAGUGGCGCCGAGUCUAAAGAUACACAGGCGCUUCAGGAUGCAUCAAAGCCAUCAACUGAUGCG